AUGACCCUCCGGCCGCUGAUUGGUCAACUCCAAGAUCACACCGAACGGAACAUAAUAACUCUGUUAUCAACAGAGAGAACGUCAACAGCUUCAUCAACAGAGAGAUCAUCAACAGAUUCAUCAACAGAGAGAUCAUCAACAGAUUCAUCAACAGAGAGAUCAUCAACAGAUUCAUCAACAGAGAGAUCAUCAACAGAUUCAUCAACAGAUUCAUCAACAGAGAAAACGCCAACAGAUUCAUCAACAGAGAGAUCAUCAACAGAUUCAUCAACAGAGAGAUCAUCAACAGAUUCAUCAACAGAGAGAUCAUCAACAGAGGGAUCAUCAACAGAUUCAUCAACAGAGAGAUCAUCAACAGAUUCAUCAACAGAGGGAUCAUCAACAGAUUCAUCAACAGAGAGAUCAUCAACAGAUUCAUCAACAGAGGGAUCAUCAACAGAUUCAUCAACAGAGAGAUCAUCAACAGAGAGAUCAUCAACAGAUUCAUCAACAGAGGGAUCAUCAACAGAUUCAUCAACAGAGAGAUCAUCAACAGAGAGAUCAUCAACAGAUUCAUCAACAGAGAGAUAA